AAACAGAUUGAAAAUCGUGAAAAGCUGAAUGCUACAAAUUUAUGUAAUGCAAAGAACACCAUGCUGAUAUCAAGAUACAAAAAUCGCCACAUUAUCGCCCAUGACAAUAUACAUAAAAGCUUCUUUAUCAAGUUUUCACCAAUUAAUUUUAAUAAACUCUAUAUCUUUUGUUCCAAUCCUUUCGCAAAGUUAAAACGUUGAAGAAAUCUAAGUUUUCAAUCUUUAUAUUGACCAACACUCAGUGAACUGAUUCAAUGUGGUUUUGUACUCCUUUUUUCAAUUGUUCGUUUGAGGGGAUUUCACUACCUCUAAUAUAGACAGUAGUGUGACUCAGAUAACUCUGUGCAUCAAAUCAUCAGCAAAAUUUUAACAAAAGUCUUGCUCAAAGUGACUUAGGUGCUAACACCUGUUGCAUCAUACUCAUAUCAUGUUCUUCAUUAUGUCAAACAAUUUCUUUCAAUUUUUCUAUCAGUUAACUGAACAAGACAAAGGUUUUCUUAAACAACGUCCUGAUUUGACCCAACCACAUUGUAUCAACCAAGAAAAUGAAUGUGCACUAUGCCUUGAAAUCUGCAGAUGGCCGAGAAGUCAAACGAUCGACUGUUCAACUUCGUGUCAGAAGUAUACUUCGGUUCCGAAUUCAAAUGAGGUAGUCAAAUCCCAAAUCUCUACACCUUUAGCACUGCUAUCACCAGUAUCUUUUCCCUCACCAUCCUCUUCAUCGACAUUGUCAUCAACUACCAUAGUUGGAUCAGAGUCACAAGAUAUAAAGUCCACUUGUUUAAAGGCGUGUUAUACAGCUCAACAAGUUUACAGUCAAUCGGACGACCUACAAAACAAUCCCAGUAAUGCAUACUGUCCCAGUGUGGUCAAUUGGCCGGAGUCAUGUCAGUAUACGUGUAAAAAUGAUGCAGACUGUUUACCAUAUGGUUAUACCAAGUGUUGUCAAACAAUAACAUGCCAUAAAAACUCUCGACAGAAAAGAUUAUUAAAUUAUGUACAUAAUUUUACAAAAAUCAGUGUUUGCAGUCUGGGCGUUUAUAACCCUAAUACUGCCCCACCAAUCCCCGGUAGGCCAAUAGUUAAACAAGUUGAAAAUCUUUCUCAAGUUCAAUCACAUGGUAAAUUUUAUCCUAACUUCGAUAGUUCCAGUCUACCCAAUGGGAAUCAUCAAAAUCACCAACUGGAAUUAGACUGGCCAAAUUAUUAUAAACAUUCAGUGAGUGAAAACAAUCCAAUAAUUUUCUUAAUUCAACUGCGAAUGUAUUCCACCGUACAAACACUGCAUUCAACUUUACAUAAAUCAAAUGGUGCAUCAUUUUUCCCAAUGAAGAAUUUCAUGGAACCAUUUCAACCCAAUGAAUAUUUAUUCAAUAAAUGGACUAAUUUAAUUUGGACAACAAAACUUGGAGCUGUCCUUUCAGAUCUCAGUCCAGGAACAUGGUAUCAAUUUCGCUUGCUAGCUAUUUCAAGUGAAGGUUUUGGGGGUUGGAGUGAGCCCAGUGAACCUAUUCGUACACAAGUACAAUUAAUUCCACCUUCUAGACCUAGAAAUCUUACUGAAAUAAGAUCAAGAAUUUUUGAAAACCAUGUAGACAGCACAAUCUACUGGGAGUCUCCGGAGGAAAGUUUAUUUCCACUAAAAAAGUACCAGAUAACUUGGCGUCAGUAUUAUGCAUUUAAUGGAGAAGAUCGAAGUUCAUUAACAGAAUACUCAGCAAAUGUACCUGGAGAUAAAACAACGUAUAUUAUUCAAAAUCUUAAACCAGGAACAACGUAUAAAAUUGAAGUGAAAGCUGUUUCCCUAUUUGAAGGAAAAGAACUGAAGAGUCAUCCAAAUACACUGUAUAUAUCGACAAUCCAAAUACCAAAUCAGCAAACAGACACAGUAUUAACAUCUUUCACAUCAUCAAAUGAUAGCUGCAUAUGUGGAGAUUCGAGACGAGAUUACUUAACUGUCAUUGAACAAUACUAUGAAAAUCAACAACUUAACACAAUUCUGUCUUUAAAUGUAAAAAUAAAUAAAGAACAAUUCAAUUUAACUGGUUCAGUAACAAAUAUAAUCUAUACUGUUGAAUGGACUCCAAGAGUUUGUAUUGAAACACAAAAUCAAACAAGCUCAGAAUUCAUUGGAACACAACGAAAAAGAAUUCCAGAAUAUGAAUUGCGAAAUAUACUUUUAACUGGUUUACAGUUCCAGUGUCAUUAUGAAGCUAGUGUAUUCGUUAUGCCAAGUCAUAAUAACAGUCAAUCAAGAAGUAAUCUGCCAUCAGUAUUCAAGUGGACAACAUGUUUUUGUACACCACCAUGUCAGAGUGUUGUAAUCAGAGAUGAUAUAGCACCAAAACAUUGUUAUGUUUCAACUCCUUCAUCACUACUUCAACCAGUUGAACUGACAUACACCCUACUGACUAGUGAAAGUCCUGGAGAACUUGAUCCUUUAAAAUCUGAUAAAAUCGAUGGAUUGAUAGUUGAGGCUGAAACUAAUAUACCUCCAUUAUCUAAACAGACAAGUGUAGAUACGACUUUGGAUCCAAUAAAUUAUACUGUAAUUGUUACAUGGCAUCCGGUUGUCUCUUCUGGACACUCAAGAAGUGAAUCUAGACGUGCAUCAAGAACAUUAAAAAAUCGACUGCCGAAUAUCAAAUCCUUAAACGCUGAAGUACGUGGUAUUCGGUUAACUUGGGGUCCAAGAUUAUAUGAACCGAUUGGAUAUGAGAUGUACAGUAAUAUCAUAGAACCACUCAUGGAUCCAGAGAAAACACAAUCCAAAGUUUUAGACCCAAGUGUCCCUGGUAUUCAGCUCAAAGGAUUGAAACAAGAAACUUUGUACAUUGUUCAGGCUCAAAUGAUUAGUGAAAGAGGAGACGGACCUGUUUCACGCAUCUACUUCAUGACACCUUCCAGAGGAACUAACUCAUUAUACAAUUAUCAGUCGAUUCAAGAAAGCAAUAUAAAACUCUUAUUCAUUAGUAUUCUGUUACAAAUGAUACGAAAUUAUAUGUCAUGAAACGAUUAUAUGCGCCACCGACUACAUAUAUAUGGUCUUCCAGCCUGUAUCCCACUUUAUAUUAACCAUCAUAUACUACUUAAUUCUUGUAGAUAAACAGAUGUGAAUACAUUUCUCACUCCUAUACAGACGAAAGAGUUACAGUGCCAAAUAGCAGCUGUAGUACUCACUGUACAUAAUAAAAGCACUGUACCAAACUAUUCCGAAUAAUAUCGAAUAAGGGAACGGUAAAAUUAGAGCAAAUGAAAAAUUUUAAUUACCCUGUAUUGAUUUUUAUCACUAAUUAAUGAAUAAAUAAAUAAACACAACCACCAUAAUUUCAGUGUCAUAUAUACUGAUGAAUGCAAAUACAAGAAACUGAUAGCCGGAUGUUGUUGUUUUGCCCUAAUUCAAGGAACAAGAGACAAUUAAAUAAAACAGGUAGUCCAGUGUCGCUAUGGUGAAAGAUAUGAAUCAGAAAAGCUAUGUGAUCAAAUAUUUUUCAUUAUUAUCUGUGUUAUAGCCUUGUUUGAAUAUGAAUUAAAAUUGAAUUUUUUAAAAAUACAUUUCCAAGUUUCCCCUGUUUUUCUCC